AUGGAUCGUAACAAGCUUGUCGUUCGCCUGCUCCCCAAAUCCAAAAGUCCCUUCGAAAUCCGUGUUUUGACUUUGUCUUCCGAGCAAGAUAAAAUCGUCGUCGGCCGCUCGUCCAAGACGCAUGCCAACCUCCAUCCAUCCCGCGAGAAUGCCUGGUUCGACUCCCCGGUCAUGUCGCGCACCCAUGCCAUAAUCACUGCCUGUCCCGGGACAAAGCAAGCGUCUGUCGUCGAUACAGAUUCUAUGCAUGGAACUUUGUUGAAUGGUAAAAGGCUUACCGCCAACACGAAGGCAGUGGUGAAGAAUGAGGACAUCUUGACUUUCGGGUCGACGAUUUCCCGUGGUUCAAAGAUCUAUAAACCCUUGAGUGUUAGUGUCCUCUUGUCAUGGAACCCUACGGAAGACCCUCCGAAGCCUAGCGAGAGUCACUCGGCGAAUACCUUCGUCGUACCGGAUGACGACGAUGACGAUGGCGGUCAGGACUCCAGCGACCCGCAAGCCGAAGCUAUAUUCGCAAAUACAUCUGCUACCAAAGCCAUAUCUCGCGAGCCUUCAGCCUCCGCUAACUCUGAGGUGGGAUCAGCUCACCCCUCCUCUAAUGAUGGCGGGCAAGAAUCAAAAUCCUCUCCAUCGUCUUCUCUGCCGUCUUCCCCGCCUAGUAAUUCAGAGUCAAAGGGCGACAAUUCAACGAGUUCUAAGCAGGUCAUCCCAUCUCAGCACGCUCCUGACUCUGAUGUUGAAACGGCCAUGCCGACUCUUAUUGAAAACGACGGCAUUCACAACACAGUGCCGAAAAAUGAACAUGCCCAAGUAUCAAAGGAAGGCCCUGACUCUGGUUUCGAUGCUGAUAGAGAAGACCUUGGACUUGAAAUUGAAGCAGACUCCGAUUCUGGCCAGCACCACGUCACCCACACCCACAUCAGCAAUGAAAACGCUGACCACACUACUGAAACCGACAUUCCUCGUUCCUCGGAGAACUUGGAGGCUGUCCAUGCACCGUUUUCCGUCCCUGAUAAGAUAGAUCUGGCCCCCGAACGCGCUGACAUGACGAGUCAACCCGAAUGCCCGCGACCCACUACUACUGCUACUACUGGGAGUAUGCCAAAGUUGACCGGGUGCGACAAUGACACACACUCUGCGUUUAUCAGUCCAAUUGUGCGUGAAGAACUGGUGAACACUGUGCAGCCGCCAACUUCGGGCUGUGAACAAACUCCAGCUGAAGAAACUCAAACCCGGGAUCGGAAUUUAGCCCUCGGCUCAAAAAGAUCACCCAGUCCUUCGGACAAGGCACUCGCUAAACCGACUGCAGGCGUCCCGUAUUUGACCUUCCAUGACGAUAACACUUGUCCCCGGUGGGUUCCGGCUGCUAAUAAAUGCCAGCGAGCAUUUGGGAGCUCAGGGUCCUUUGAACCCGACUCAUCAACACCACUAUACGGAGGGACAUCAGUCGCCAGUGACUACGGGCUCCCCCACCUCCCACCUCUACGACCGCUAUAUUCAGACGGUCCCUUUGCCGCUUCAAGCCAAGGAGACAAUAAUUGGCUAGGUGAUGCUGUUAGUGCACGCGAUCAAGCACUGGCUGAGAACUCCAGGGAUAUAUAUCGGUUCGACUCUCCUUAUUCGCCGGCUCCUGGAUACGGACCGUCUUCUGGGCCCGCAUACCCAGGCUCAACCCGUUGCCAGUCCCAGUCCCAGUCCCAGUCUCAGUUCCAAUCGCACCCUCCGUGGCAGCUUGCCUUUGAGAGCACAGGUGAUGUACCAAACAACCCACCCCAAUCCAAAUAUGCCAAUCCCGUACCAAAGGAUCCGAUACCUGCAGCCUCGAUCCCAAUUGCCAAUAUAGUUGAUGCGUACAAGCAGACUACCGAGUCUAACCGACCAACGAACCCACGAAAGCGUAAGGCGAGGGAAGUAAAUCCGGAACCAGUUUCAGUAGAAACACUCAAAAGCAUCAAUGAUUUCUACAAUGGUAACGAGUACGACAACGUUGAAAAUGACAGCUUCCCAGAAGCCCAACCGCGAGACCUCCUCGUUCAUCAACACGAUCUCCCGUCCCAAUUCAAAACAACCAAUAACGAGCCGCAUGGCCUCGGCCGUUCCUUCAAACCUACAAAAACAGAUGAGACAGCACAUUUACCGCCGCAAGCGAAAAAGAUCAAGACAGAGACACCAGCCGCCUCGCCCAGCCUUGCCCGCUACGCUGCUAGUGCAUUGUUGGGGGCGGCAGUUGGUGGAAUUGGCGUCGUUGUGGCUUUGGCGUCGUUGCCACCUGAUUUCUUUAAUUAG